CCAGCACCUCCCUGCUAAGGAUGGGGAUAGCUUUCCACGUCAGCUUACGUCUCCAAAUUUCUUACUUCACGGAUCCGCUUCAAAGAGGCAGCUGCAUUAGAGAAUCAUGUUAAGCUCAGCUAAUGCGGAGAGCCCGAGGUAGCCCUAAUGAUGGAUUUUGAUGAGCGUGUUCCUUGUUCCUCUAACAUGUAUUUGCCAAGUUGUACUUACUACGUCUCGGGUCCUGAUUUUUCCAGCCUCCCUUCUUUUUUGCCCCAGACCCCGUCUUCUCGCCCUAUGACAUACUCCUACUCUUCCAACCUACCCCAGGUCCAACCUGUGAGAGAAGUUACCUUCAGGGAAUAUGCCAUUGAUCCCUCCAGUAAAUGGCACCCCAGGAACAAUCUGCCCCACUGCUACUCCGCAGAGGAGAUCAUGCACAGAGACUGCUUGCCUUCCACCAACACUGCUAGCAUGGGCGAGAUGUUCGGCAAAAACACAGCUAACGUCUACCACCCCAGCACCAACGUCUCCUCCAAUUUCUAUAGCACGGUGGGCAGGAACGGGGUCCUGCCCCAGGCUUUCGACCAGUUUUUCGAGACGGCUUAUGGCACCACGGAAAACCUGGCCGCGGCGGACUAUGCGGGAGACAAGAGUGGCGAGAAGGCGCCCGCGGCCGCCGGGGCGGCGGCGGCAACUUCAAGUUCGGAGGGCGGCUGCGGCAGGGCGGCGGCGGCGGCGGCGGAGAAGGAGAGGCGGAGGCGGCCGGAGAGCAGCAGCAGCCCCGAGUCAUCUUCCGGCAACAAUGAGGAGAAAUCCGGCAGCUCCAGUGGACAACGCACCCGUAAAAAGAGAUGCCCCUACACCAAAUACCAGAUUAGAGAGCUGGAGAGGGAAUUCUUCUUCAGCGUCUACAUAAACAAAGAGAAGCGCCUGCAGCUCUCCCGAAUGCUCAAUCUGACCGACCGCCAAGUAAAAAUAUGGUUUCAAAACAGAAGAAUGAAAGAAAAAAAAAUUAACAGGGACCGAUUACAAUAUUACUCAGCUAAUCCACUACUUUAAAACUCAUAGCGUUUUUCAAGACGAGAUUAAAUUCAGAUUUCGCCCUUGACAAGGUCAAGCCACGGGGUUACAUGGAGGAAGGCAGUGUGUAUCUGACGGGACUAGAAGAAUCCAAGGUUUUACAUAAAUGUAAAUCUACUCUGGACCUUUAAUGAUUUUGUUUUAUAUAUUUGCAUAUCAACUGGAAUCGAUUUGAUUUUGACACACAUGGCAUCCAUUUCUAACGUGCACGUCACCUCUGAGUGCAAAACCCAUACCUCUUACCUUUGCAAGCACUGCGGUUCACCCUGCUAAGGCUUUCGGGAGUCACGAGUGGGGACGGCACCUCUGUGUACACUGACUAGCCGGGGUCUGUCUGUCUGUCUGUCCCUCUCCCCGGGUUUGCUGUGGAACAUGCGUAUGGAGAUUUCCCAUGUCGAGCUGACGUAACGAGGACCACUGCAGAAUACAAACUUUGAGAAAUAAUCUUUUGUCCUUCCUAGAGGAAAAUGUCUGUGUUAGUGGCAGUGCUCCCUUAACCAUUGUUUUGAAAGGAGAAUUAAAGGGGGGGAAAGAGAAUGAAAGAGGGGAAAAUGACAUUCCUACACCUUCAUGAGGCCAAUCACGAGCAGUUGUAAUAUGGAUGUAGUGAUGGGUAUAAUCGCGUUUCCUUGGGGGUAGGGGUGGUAAGGAGCGGGUAGGGUAAGGAAGGAGAAGUAAAGUAAAGACUUAAUUAUUUACUUUAAGAAUAUCAGGUAUAAAUUUGCCAUAUAUCGUAAAGAAACAAUCACUGAAAAGAAAAAGCAAAGAUUUAGCAAAUUUUAAUUAGCUCACGUUUUAUUUAUGACAACUGACUAUGUGUUGCCAUCUUUUUGGAGACAAAUCAUAUAUAAAUGCUAAAAAUAAAAUGGCAAAAAUGUGUGAAUUUCAGUGUUUUAAGAGAAACAAAUACAUAAAGGAAACUAACUUUCUGGCUUCUGGCUCACAAACUUUCUUCAGGAAAUACCUGUGGAGAACGACAGUUUGGCAAAUACCACACAACACCUAAUUGAAACUUGGAGUUGUGCAAUGCACUAACAUCAGAUCAUUAAAAUAACUGAAUCGCAUGUUUUUUAGAAGGUGACUAGUGAGGAGUUUAAUCAGAAGCCAAACAAUGUAAAUAUGGUAAUUUUGUUGUUGUCUACUUUAAAUGUCACAAACUCUACUUUGUCGCUCAGUCGACAUAUGCAAAGAAUGGAGAGUUGUUUGGAGUUAUUUUAAAUAUCUAUAAAUAUAUAUAUUUCCCUGCAGGAACCAAAGCGUGAAAAAAAUGCAAUUUAAAAAGAAAAAGAAAAAAAAGGAAAAUAUUUAAAAUUCUAUAUCAGUUUACAAAGGAUACCGUGUUCUAUCGUUAAGGUAAUUUGCUGUUGAGAAUAUCUGAAUGUAUAUUUCAUACAUGAGCGGUGUUUUACAAGACUUGUAAAUAAUAAAAAAAAGAACCCAUGACCUAUUUUGUUCAAUUUUUUUUUCAUAUUUUUUUCCUUUGAGGCUAGAGGGUGUGGGAUUUCUUUAUAUGUGCAACAACGUGGUGAUAAGAAUGUUUUUUGAACAAUAAAUUUACCAAAUGGAUAUAAUUUCUUUGACACAGUUCACAAAAGACAAUAUCUUUAUAUGACAUCACUGUUUUCAAUAUGUAUCAUCUAUAUGUAUAUACAGUUUUCUUUUAAUAUGCGAAAGUAUUUGGUUGCAUGUAUACAGUGGAACAGCGCACAAGGAAAAUAAAAAAAUGGAAACUUUA